AUGAUAAUAAGCAUCGCUCUGAUCUGGGCAGUAGUGGUGGCAGUGUGCUGUCUUCUAUGGCUCGCUGUGGGGAUACGACACAGGCAGCCUGGAGAGCCUGCAAUUGAAAAUGGCUUCAUCCCGUACCUGGGCUGUGCUUUGCAAUUCGGGGCCAACCCUCUCCAGUUCCUCCGCAGCCGCCAGAAGAAGUACGGCCAUAUUUUCACCUGCAAGAUCGCAGGCCAGUACAUUCAUUUCCUGUGUGACCCCUUCUCUUACCAUUCAGUCAUCAGACAGGGGAGGCACCUGGAUUGGAGGAAGUUCCACUUUGAUACGUCUGUCAAGGCAUUCGGCCACGACAGCUUCGACCCUCGCCAUGGCCACACCACAGAAAACCUCCACCAAACCUUUAUGAAGACUCUGCAAGGUGAGGCUCUACCCUCCUUGAUAGAGACCAUGAUGGGCCACCUCCAGGAUGUCAUGCUGAGGUCGGACACUCUCAACCCUUGCAAGGACCACUGGCAGGUGGAUGGCAUCUUUGCUUUCUGCUACAAGGUGAUGUUUGAGUCUGGCUACCUGACACUGUUUGGUAAAGAGCUUGGUGAAGAUAAGUGUCAGGCUAGGCAGGCUGCCCAGAAAGCCUUGGUGCUCAACGCGUUGGAGAACUUCAAAGAGUUUGACAAAAUCUUCCCGGCAUUGGUGGCUGGCCUGCCUAUCCAUGUCUUCAAGAGUGCCUACAGUGCUAGAGAGAACCUAGCAAAGACCAUGCAUGCUGAAAACUUGUCUAAGAGGGAGAACGUGUCUGAUCUGAUCUCAAUGAGGAUGAUCCUGAAUGAUUCCUUGUCUACCUUCAAUGACGUGAGCAAGGCAAGAACUCACGUCGCUCUGCUUUGGGCUUCACAGGCUAACACCCUGCCUGCUACCUUCUGGAGUCUCUUUUAUAUGAUCAGGAGUCCGGAUGCUAUGAAAGCAGCUCGUGAGGAAGUGCAGAAAGUUCUGGAGGAUUCAGGUCUGACAGUUGACCCCAGUGACCCCACACUGAACCUUACCAGGGACCAGCUGGACAAUAUGACUAUUUUGGACAGUAUCAUAAAAGAAGCAAUGCGUCUUUCAAGUGCUUCUAUGAAUGUACGUGUUGCCAAGGAAGAUUUCCUGCUUCACCUUGACAACCAAGAGGCUUACCACAUAAGGAAAGAUGACGUCAUUGCCCUAUAUCCGCCCAUGCUGCACUAUGAUCCAGAAAUCUAUGAGGAUCCCUAUGAGUACAAGUUUGACCGUUUCCUGGAUGAGAAGGGUCAGGAGAAAACCACUUUUUACCGCAGCGAACAGCGGCUGCGUUAUUUCUAUAUGCCCUUCGGCUCUGGGGUCACCAAAUGCCCUGGCAGAUUUUUUGCUGUGUACGAGAUCAAGCAGUUCCUUAUUCUGGUGCUGGCCUACUUUGAGAUGGAACUAUUAGACCCUGCUAUCAAAGUCCCGCCUCUUGACCAGUCCCGUGCUGGACUGGGAAUCCUCCAACCUACCUAUGAUGUGGACUUCAGGUACAAGCUGAAAUCGAACCACUAGGCUCCUGUCUUUGUCGGGCAGAGUGAUUGAAGUACAUACUGUACAUAGUAUAUAUUUAACAGUGUUAAUGAGAAUGCAUUGCUGCAUAUGUAAAUAGACUGAAUUAUAUUUUUGUCACUUUAAUUUGCUGCUGAAGAACAUGUAUUCUGCACAUUUAAACCUUCAUUGUAUCAAUUAAUGUUGUGCCAAACACUCUCUCUGUUGGAUAAGGGCUGGCAGACAGAUUAAAAGUGCCAAGUAACAUCUUCAGUUCCUGUGGAGGGGCAGACAUGCCAUAUAAAUUCAUAUAACUUACCAUAAAAGUAUUUUUUCAUAAUUUGGCAUAUUAAAAUACUAAAUAAAAAUCUUGCAGCGUUACAUCAAUGCCAAGGGAUUAUCAGAGUAGGAUGCAGGGUUUUUCUAUCUUGCAGACAGCCAUUGUUUUUAAAAGAUUUUACCAUGCCACGUUACUGUAUCAUGGUAAGGACGUAUAGAGCAUGUAAAUCAAUCUGCAAUUGUCAUGACAUGAAUACUACACAAAGAGAACAAGAGAACUUUUGAAAGAAAAAGAAAAAAUUAAAAAUAAAAACAGUCUUCGCUGUGAUUAACAGUCCAGCAGGCAAUCACACUAUCAUGUUUUCAAUUCAGUUACCUGUUUUACAAUAAGAGGAAAGCCUAAAUGCUAAUUUCCCCUCAGGUAGCUAAAAUCCCCACAGAAUAAAAGUACAAUGUACUCGACCUCAGUGUCCUAAGUGGUAGCUAUGGCCCUGAUUAAAGUCUAUAUGGGAUGUUCAAUGAGGGUUUUUGUCAAAAUGAAAUUAUCAGUACUAAAUGGAAGCCUGGCAGAUAUCAACCUAAAAAUGGAAUGUUCUAGUAAAAAGUCAUCAGAAAUGCAAAGUAUAAAUUACUUGACUGUAAGUUCACAUUUCUGCACUUUUGAAAAUGACACCACUUUAAUGUGUGUAAAGUGUUAGUACUGAUCAUCACAACCAAAAAUCUGCAGUGAAACAUGUUCUUUUUCUAUCUGUGUAUUCAUUACAUAGCAUAUAUAUAUAUAAGCUCAUCCCUUGUGUUCUAUCACCACUUAUUGGUACUUUCACGUCAGCUCAUUUAUUCUGCGAGGUGAAACUGCUGAGGGCGGCAUGACCAAUCUCUUUUUUUUUUUCUUUUUUUUUUAUCAGUGAAUGCAUUACUGUAAUCAGUAUCAUUUACUGACUUCACCUUCACCUUGUAGUAGAAGAUAGAGCUUCCAUCAGCCUUGGAGUUUGCUCUCUCUGGCUGUCUCACUCUCAGACACUGGUAUCACUGAAGACGUGUCUGACUGUUGGCCAAUGCUGACCUUUUAUAUGACAUCUACCCUCUCAGUAUCAUCUUUGCAAGACAUGCUACUUAAUGAUAACAUAAAUUGUAGUUUCUUUAAUGAGCAUUGAGUACAUUUGCAAGCUGCAUAUUUAUCAGUACAGCAGGCUGCAAAGUUGCAACCAAGCCAAAAUCCAGAAGGAUAGGACAGUGUGAACAGAGCUAAAAACUUAAUAGGAAAUACAGUUAAUUAAGAUGCAUCGAAGAAAGAAGGAUAGCUCAUUUGUACAAGUCAGUGCGACAUUUAAGAUGCAGAGCUGGCUAUAUAGUUUCUCAGAUGAAUGUAUUUUUGAGCGCCGAGUCAACAGGCAUGUCCACUUUUCAAACAGCACUAUUGACUUUUUCAUGCUGUGAAUUACAUAAUAAUUACACACAUGAAUAAACGGCUAACAGCAUAUGGACACACAUCAAAAUAUAUUUGCAUCUGACAGUUUCAGCAAUAGUCUGACUGCAAUAAGGAAAGGUAAUUCCAUUAUUGAUAUUUACUGUCUUCACGUGAAAAGCUCCAUAUUAAUAUUUAUGUGUUUAUCUUCGUAAUUACAAAUUUACACACUCUGUGAGUAAUUGUGAUGAACCUGGAAGUGAGGUCAGAGCACUUUUGUAACCAUGUACAGCUGUUUUACUUUUAUUCCCUGACAAUCCAAAGGUGUUUCACCGAACAUGCAACCCAUGUGUGUGUGUUGACUUGUAUAUGCUGAACAAACAGAUAAUAAAUCAAUACAUUUGUACACCUGUCUGUGUGCCAUGCCCUGAUGUCUCAACCAGUUAAACUCAGUGCAAAUACAACAGAACAACAGAACCGUUUUCUCUUCCAAGAACUUCAACACUCAUUGUCUAUAUAUAUACAGUGGCAGGAAAACGUUUGGGGACCCCUGCUACUUUUUGAAUAGUUAUAUGAAUUUGUACAAACCAAAGGAAAAAUAAAGCUAAAUGCAUGGGUCAAACUGUGGGGCGGGAAUUUUCAUUAAGUAAACACGUCAGUCCAAAAUGAAGCACAGA